AUGGCCUCUAACUUUAAGAAGGCAAACAUGGCAUCAACUACCCAGCGAAAAAGGAUGAGUCCUAAACCUGAGCUUACCGAAGAGCAGAAACAGGAAAUUCGAGAAGCCUUUGAUCUCUUUGAUGCUGAUGGAACUGGGACAAUUGAUGUUAAGGAACUUAAGGCAAGCUCUGUAGCAAUGAGGGCGCUGGGCUUUGAACCGAAGAAAGAAGAGAUCAAGAAAAUGAUAAGCGAAAUCGAUAAGGAAGGGACAGGAAAAAUGAACUUUAGUGACUUUUUGACUGUAAUGACGCAGAAAAUGUCUGAGAAGGAUACCAAAGAAGAAAUCCUGAAAGCCUUCAAGCUCUUUGAUGAUGAUGAGACUGGGAAGAUAUCAUUCAAAAAUCUCAAACGUGUGGCCAAGGAGUUGGGUGAGAACCUCUCUGACGAGGAGUUGCAGGAAAUGAUUGAUGAAGCUGAUCGAGAUGGAGAUGGAGAAGUCAAUGAGCAGGAGUUCCUGCGCAUCAUGAAGAAGACGAGCCUUUAUUAA